UCCUACGCCAGGCAGGGUCCCAUCAUGACCCGUGUCCCGCCCCUUUUCUCCGGGAACCACUGGCUGUUUACAUGACCGGUACCGAGCUGGAAUGGAGACCAACUGACUAAAACCCCGAUGUGCCCGUAGCAGGCAGCAGCGAGCGACGUGCGGAGACAGCGGCCGAAAGCGAAGACCGCCAUCGCGGCAUCGGGAGUGCCAGCGCCGCGCCGCUUCCUGAGCUUUGGGAUACAGUGACUGAUCUGCCGCCACCACGGAGGUUCAGCCUGGAGGUCAGCAGUCCGAGCAUCACCACCAGAAGCCUUUGCAGCCAGAUAUGGGGCACAAUGCUCUAGCAAACUAUGAAAUCGGGAAGAUGAUCGGAAGAGGGCAGUUCAGCGAGGUGUACCGCGCGCGGUACUUGCUGGACAACACGUUCAUGGCCUUGAAAAAGGUUCAGAUAUUCGACUUGAUGGAUGCCAAAGCGCGGCAAGAUUGCAUCAAAGAAAUAGACCUCCUUAAGCAAUUGAAUCAUCCCAAUGUAAUUAAAUAUCACGCCUCAUUCAUUGAAGAGAACCAGCUGAAUAUUGUCCUGGAACUUGCAGACGCGGGAGACCUGUCACAGAUGAUAAAGCACUUCAAGAAGCAGAGGCGGCUUAUUCCGGAAAGCACCGUGUGGAAAUACUUCGUCCAGCUGUGCAGUGCUCUGGACCACAUGCACUCUCGGCGCGUCAUGCACCGGGACAUAAAACCAGCCAACGUGUUCAUUACUGCCACUGGGGUAGUUAAACUGGGAGACCUGGGACUGGGAAGAUUUUUCAGCUCUAAAACCACAGCCGCCCACUCUCUAGUGGGCACCCCCUAUUAUAUGUCUCCAGAGAGGAUACAUGAAACCGGAUACAACUUCAAAUCUGACAUCUGGUCACUAGGCUGUUUACUCUACGAGAUGGCCGCCCUCCAGAGUCCUUUUUACGGGGACAAGAUGAACCUUUACUCCCUGUGUAAGAAGAUCGACCAGUGCGACUACCCUCCCCUGCCCUCUGACCAUUACUCUCAUGAGCUCAGAAAGUUAGUAGACAUGUGCAUCAACUCUGACCCCGAGAAGAGACCCGACAUCACCUAUGUGUAUGACAUCGCUCAACAGAUGAAGGCAAUCAUGCUUAAUAGUCCGCAGUAAAAAAAGAAAA